CUGCUUCAUUGUACGAGCUGCUGCUGAUGCUGAGAUCAUAGCGGAGAGGGAGAAAUUCAACCUGAAAUACAAGCAUGUCAUGGGCACGGUUUCUCAACAUCUAGGGCUCAACAGUCGAUGAGGAUCGAUUCCAAGGCCCUUUUUUCUAGAAGAAUGAGGAAGAGGAGGAACUGGAAACCCUUGGAGCACCUUGGAAAGUUUUUGUGAAGUCUCAAUGAAAGCCCCAGAAGAGCAUCUCUAGUAUUCAACUCAAUGGCCAAGAAAGGGCGUACGAAGGGCGAGAAGCCCGAGGCGCUCAUCUCUGCCCUUCAGGCAGCCAAUGAAGAUCUCAGGUCCAAGCUAACUGACAUUCAGAUAGAGCUGCACCAAGAAAAAUGCAAGGUGAGCAAACUGGAGCGCGACAAGGUGCAGGAGGUGAAGCGGGUGCGAGAGCAGGAGCAGCACCGUCACACUGCCAUGUUAACGGAGCAGCGGGCAAAGUGGCAUGAGGAGAAGCAAAAGGAGCUCCAGGCUCUCAGGGAAAACCUGACGCGGCAGCAUGAACAGGAGCUGGCCCGCCACGCUAAAAUUAAAGAGCAGGAGAACCAAAGGCUCAAAGCCGCUCUGAGCGCCAUGCGAGAUGGCAGUGGAGAGAAGGUACGCACAGCCCUGACUCUGGAAGCCAAGGAGGAGGCACGUCGCUUCUUUGACCAGGAGAGAGUGAAGCUGCUGCAGGAGAUAGCAGAGCUGAAAUCUGUUAAGAAGCAGACGGACGAGGCUCUCAGUAACAUGAUCCAGGCGGAUAAAAUGAAAGCUGGUGAUCUGCGGGUGGAGCACCAACAGCACCAGGAGCAGAUCUCCAAGAUCAAGUGGGACUGUGAGAGGGACAUCCGCAGACUGGUGGAUGAAAUCAAAUCUAAAGACCGCACCAUCUUUGCUCUGGAGAAAGAACUGGAAUCGACGGCAGGUUUCUUACAGAAGCUUCAGCUUCAGAAGGAUGCUCUGGAUGAACAACUGUUUCUUGUGAAGGAGGCUGAGUGCGGCCUGGGAAGCCCAAAAAGAGAGAUUCCUGGCAGAGCUGGAGAUGGAGCAGAGCACUGUGGAAGCCCGGACCUGAGGAGAAACCAGAGGCGCAUAGCUGAACUUAACUCAACUAUUCGCAAAUUGGAAGACCGUAACUCUCUGCUGGUGGAUGAAAGAAACGAACUGCUGAAGCGAGUUCGAGAGUCAGAGAAGCAGUGUAAGCCUCUGCUGGACAAGAACAAGCUGCUGAGCAAGAGAAACGACGAUCUGACCCAAACAAUCCAGAAGCUUGAGGACAAACUGAAGAGUUUGGCAAAGGAGAACCUUGAGAUGAAGGAGAAAAUCAGCUCCCAUCCUCCACUGAAGAAGCUGAAGUCUCUGAAUGACCUGGACCAGGCCCACGAUGAUCAGGAGAUAGCCUUCCUCAAGCUUCAAGUUCUUGAGCAACAAAGCAUGAUAGAUGAACUAACAAGAGACCGAGAAAAACUGCUGAGGAAGAAAAGGCAUAAAAGAAGUUCAAGGCCCAUAAAGAGGCACAUUGUAGUAGACACUUUCUUUGGAUACGAUGAGGAGUCUAUGGACUCAGAGACGUCGUCUGUGGCUUCAUUCAGGAUGGACAGAACUCCUGCUACCCCUGAUGAAGACCUAGAAGAGGGUCUAUCCACUGAGGAGUCAGAGCUGCGUUUCCGACAGCUGACCAGAGAGUAUCAGGCCUUACAGCGAGCCUACGCCCUGCUGCAGGAACAGAAAGGAGGGAUUCUAGAUGCUGAGAUGGAAGCAAAGGCUCACGAGCAGCUCCAAGCCGAUGUUCUCAGGUAUAAAGCCAAAAUAGAGGACUUGGAAAAGGAGCUGACCCUAAAGGGACAGGACUCCAAAUGGGUAGAGGAGAAGCAGCUCUUCUUACGAAGGAAUCAGGAGCUGUUAGAGAAGGUGGAAAAGCUUGAGUCAGAGUGCAGUCGGGCACAGCAGGAGUUACAAGACUCCAGAGACCAGAAUGAGCUACUGGAGUUCAGGAUACUGGAGCUCGAGGAGCGUGAGAGGAGGUCCCCUCCAUUCAAUCAUCUGAGAAUGCAUCCGUUCUCUGAGGGAGUCAGUGCUCUGCAGAUCUACUGCAUGAAGGAGGGGGUCAAGGAUGUGUGCAUACCAGAUCUCAUUAAACUUCUUGAUAUCCUGGGAGAUAACGGGAACUUAAGAAAUGAGGAACAAGUCGCCAUCAUUCAGGCAAGCACUGUCUUGUCACUGGCAGAAAAGUGGAUUCAACAGAUUGAAGGGACAGAGGCAGCGCUACACCAGAAGAUGAUGGACCUGGAGAUAGAGAUGGAGAUGUUCUGCAAACAGAAAGGGUAUCUAGAAGAAGAGCUGGACUACAGAAAACAGGCCCUGGACCAGGCUUACAUGCAAAUCCAAGAGCUGGAGGCAACGUUAUACAAUGCCCUGCAGCAGGACAAGGUGCCCCAGGUGAUAAAGUACGGUGAACCUUUGAACGAGCUCCAGAAAGAUGAGCUUCGGACGGCAGUGGAGAAACUGAGGAGGCAGAUGCUGAGGAAGAGCCGAGAGUAUGACUGCCAGAUCCUCCAGGAGAGGAUGGAGCUGCUGCACCAGGCACACCAGAGAAUCCGAGACCUUGAGGACAAGACAGAAAUCCAAAGGAGGCAGAUUAAAGACCUGGAAGAAAAGGUGGUCUGUCAGUUUGGAGAUCUUGUUUGUGACUGCAGUGUUAUUUAUUUUCCGGACAAGUGUGGAACAACAUGCGUGGCGGUGGCUGCUAGUGUCAUAACAUCGGUGACUGCUGUUGGUAGAAGUGGAUGUGUCAUGUGUUGGCCAUGGACGUUCACGUGUCAGAUUUUAUUUUGUUUUUUAACAGAGGGGAGGGGGUUCUCAGGAUACUGCCCAUGGUGAGGAUUUUUGUUAACGUGGUGUUGGACCUGAUAAGUCCCUCCAAAAAAGCUGGGAAUACUGCAACAGGCUGCAGGAAUGACACACAGUAUCAAAGACACUUAAAGUAGAUGCAAACAUAGACACAGAUGCUUACAGUCAUACACAAACAGACACACACGCUUUGACAAAUCGAAACCAAAGCCUGGGAAAUGUUGUCUCUGCCAUGCAGGGUAAUAAUAAGUCAUUCACUACCAUUUAGCUACAGUGGGAAUAGAAACGGACAGAAAAACUCAUAAACAACGAGGCAAACAAACCGCCCACACCACUACUUCAUUUCUUUUUCCCCUUUUUUUUUCCAAUCCGGACCUGAAAGGAAGUACUUCAAGACUGCCACCUCUUGGUGAAACGAAUAGAGCCAACUCAGGGCCCAUGAGUGCAGAGGAUGCUCCAGGUCAGAUUAAAAUAAGGAACACUCGGGACACGCUGUGUCACCGGCUGGCCUGCCCUCGCUGUUCCCAAAAAUGGUGCUUACACAGACUGCUUGGACUCUCCAGAGGUUAUACCUGGUAAGGACAGAACUACACUGCAGAGACAAGCACGAACACUAAGGGGGGUAGAGGACACUCAGGAUGAUGCGCCUUCACUGACAGAUCGAAGGAGAAUGAUAAGAUCGAAGAGGGAGGAUUUAAACUCUGAUCCAGCUUCAUUCAGGAUGGAUUUUCCUGUACGGAUUGUCAUACCACUUUUUAAUUUGUCUUAAAAACCAGCAGACUGUAAGAGCUUUACUCUCUGGUUGUCUUUUGUUCUUUUCCUUUCUUUUUUACAGCCUACUAAACACUCAGAUACUGUGUCCCAAGAUUUCCACUGAGAAAAAAAAAAUGCAUCUCUAUUCUGUACUGUAAUAUAUACAUUUGUUGAUAUGUACAUGUGUCUGAAUUAUUUCAUGUUGUCCCCCCUCUUUUGUUUCUGUGAAUAGUUACACUUUUCUUUCAACUCUCUAAAGCAGCUUGAACAGUUGAUGUACUUGGCAGUUUAUAAAGAACUCAAAAGAGUACAAAUUGCUCUGUUUUAUUGUAGUGAUGGCUGCAAAAGAUUAAUUUUAUUUCCCUGGAAUUAUUAAUGAAAAAAAUUGUCAGAAUGUGAAUGUGGAAUUAUGGAAAUUUUCCUCCUUUUCCUCUUUCCGUCCUCAUCCCUCAAACUCACAAAAUACUGCAUCUAUUAUUCCACUGUCAAAAAGAAGUUUCUCCUGUUGACCAGCAAGGGGAGCUGGUUCCCCCUGAGCAACGUCCAGUUUCCCUUUAAACUGAUGCAAUCUUUUAACAAACCUGUAAAUACUUUCAGACGACCUUGCAAAAUAUCCUUGUCUGCUCUGGUUGGAUGAUUGGUGAGUUUAAACUGAAAACUGACAUUAGUGUCAAUAAUAGUACACCUUGUUAUACAAAAAAAGGAGAAAGCUAAAUACAUAACCAAACAUUAACUUGUUCUUUAUCCCAUGAAUACUGCAGACUCUCUCUCUUUCUCUUUUUACUAACCAAUAUGUCUUUGAUACUAACAAAACCCUCUUUUACUCAACAAUUCUAGCUUCAGAACAGCGGCCUGUCCACACUUUUUGACUGCGGUGACCAAGCUCGAGCACUAGCUGACUAAAGGUGUGGCCAAAAAAGAAAGAAAACCACACACAACUCUAAAUACCAUUAAGAUAUCAGAGAAGUCGACAAUCCUGUCUAAAGCCCAGUUCAGAUGAAAGUUUUGGAAUGAGUCAAAACUUACAACUAGGCUGCUCGGUAGCAGUUAGUGUUGUUGCCUCACAGCAAGACAGUUCCUGGGUCAAAUCCUGGCCAGGGCCUUUCCAUGCGGCAUUUGCAUGCUCUCCCCAUGCAGGUUCUCUCCAUGUACGCCAGCUUCCUCCCACUGACCAAAGACAUGCUCGGUAGGUGAAUUGAUGACUCUAAAUUGGCCGUAGGUGUGAGUUUGUCUGGUUUUUAGUCUGUAUGUCAGCCUUGUAAUUGACUGACCAGUCCAAGGUAUACCCCUGACAGCUGGCAUAGGCUCCAGCCCCCCUGUGACCCGAACAGGGGGUUUUCAACAGGCCGCUCUGCAACACUUUUAAAGUCUGUCAGUUCACACCGCUGCGACUGGAGGAGACAUUUCCAUAGUAAUGACUCUUAUCAGUCACUGAAUAUAAAGUGAUUUAUAUUUUUGCCACCUCUGUCAGGAUGGAAAUACAUUUUCAAACUUUAAAAUUAAAAUUGGGCUAAACUUUUAGUUAGGCUUGAUCCUGAACUAUAAAACCUAUGUACAAAGUGUUUAAUAAAGUGAAGUAAACAGUCUGCUAAUGGGAGAAAGCUUGUCCUCCAUAAGAACACUCUUAUGCAGCUAAUGUAGCUAAGGCUAAAGCCAACAAAGCUACAUAAGCUCGUAGGUAACGUAGCUGAAGACUGUUCACCUUUUACUGUUUUGCAAAUGUUAUUAACUCACAUUUUAUUCAUGUUAAAUAGCUUUGUAGAUAAUGUAGCUAUGUGGCUAAUGUAGCUAAAGCUAACGAAGCUAUGUUAACUU